GUGUGGAGGAAGUGUGGCAUGCGGAUCUUCACGGUGGCUCAGAUGGAGGAUAACUCGAUCCAGAUGAAGAAGGACCUGGCAACCUUCCUGUACCACCUCCGGAUCGAGGCGGAGGUGGAAGUGGUGGAGAUGCACAACAGUGACAUCAGUGCAUACACCUACGAACGGACGCUGAUGAUGGAGCAGAGGUCUCAGAUGCUCCGACAGAUGCGCCUCUCUAAAUCCGACCGGGAGAAAGAGGGAUAUCCUGGCAUCAGCAGCAGUAGGCCAGAGGCAGGUGGAGCUACGAGGUCUCAGGCCCAGCUGGUGAAAGACCGCAACUCCAUGCUGCGGCUGACGAGCAUCGGCUCGGACGACGACGACGACGUGGACGCCGCCGAGAGGGAGAAGCCGGUGAGCAGCAGCAGCAGCUCGGAGCACCACCGCAGAGUCCAGAUGACCUGGACCAAAGAGAAGUCGUCGCAGUACAGAGCGAUGCACUCUGGGUGCUCCACGCCCGAGGGCUUCAGAGACAUGCUCAGCAUGCGCCCGGAUCACUCCAACGUCAGGCGGAUGCACACGGCCGUCAAGCUCAACGAGGUCAUCGUCAAUAAAUCCCAUGAUGCUCGGCUGGUGCUGCUCAACAUGCCCGGACCCCCGAGGAACACAGAUGGAGACGAGAACUACAUGGAGUUCCUCGAGGUCCUGACUGAAGGUCUGGAGCGCGUCCUGUUGGUGAGAGGAGGAGGAAGUGAGGUCAUCACCAUCUACUCCUGAUCGGGAAACGGAGGGAAGCCAGCGUUUAAAAAGAGGCGACCGGGGUCGUGCAGAAGAGAGCGUCAUGUGAGCUCUGGCGGCCGGGCGUGGGACAAAAAAAACAAAAAAAAAAGACUGUUAGCAUCAGCCACCCCCCUCCCCACAUCAGCCCACAUCAGCCCACA